UCCAAAUUUACGUCAAAUAAGUUUUUGAUAUUUCUUGCAUGUUCGUAAUAAAAUAAUCUUUCUAAAACUGCGACAUAUAAAGAUAUUAAAAAGUGUAUUAUAAUAAAAAAAAUUGCAUGAACCAUGAGUUCGGGUUUCGUGACAGAAUCUGAAGCUGCAGAAGCACGUAAACGGCGUCAAGAAGAAUGGGAAAAAGUACGCACACCCGAUCAGCCUUUGGAACGUCCUGAGGAACCAUAUGACGGGCGAUCGCUUUUUGAGCGCUUAAAGGAACAGAAAAUGAAAAAGGACUUGGAAUAUGAGGAAGCACACAAAUUAAAAAACUUAAUACGUGGUUUGGAUGACGAUGAAGUACAAUUCCUGGAAUUGGUUGAUCAAAACAAAAUUGAUGCUGAAAAGAAGCAGAUACAAGAGGAACGAAAAGAAUUGCAAGAUUUCCGCGAUCGUGUAGCAACCUUGCAAGAAGAAACUGCUGAUAAAAAACUACAGUCGGAAAUUAAAACAGGAAAAUUGACGAAAAUUUCAACAGCUGCAACUAGCGCAAGACCCACACAAAAGUCUUUACUUGGUCUUGGUAUUAAGCGAAAAAAUGGUGAAAUUGCCGGUUCUUCUAACGCAAUCAGUGCCAAAGUAGUCAAAGAUUGCCCUACAACAGAUGCUAUCAAAUUGAAUGCACUAACCAGCAUUAAUACAGAUCAAUUCAACAAAGGGCAACUGAAAUGUGUCGCGAUACUUCCAGGUAUUGGACCAUAUACUGAGUCCAGUGAUUCUGAAAUAAGUAGUGGCAGUGAAGAUGAGCCUGAUAAUUACAAUAAUGGCAAUUACGAUUUGAUGGGACGUAAAAAACAAAAGAAGAAGGGUUGCCAAGACGAUGAUUGAUUAAAAUAUUGCUAGAAUUAAGUAGUAAGAGUAUGUUUAAUCUGGCUUAUGCUAUCAUUGUGUUAUACAAACUUAUUACGCAAAUAUGUAGUUGCUAUCAUAUCAUUUUAAUGAAUUCACACUUAAUUUUCGCAAUGUUUUGGAACUUUUUUGUAACAGCAACGACGUGUUUACUUCACAUUAAAAUAUUUUAUUUUAUUAGCAGUAAUAAAAGGAAGUGGCACUUGCUUAAGCCAUUUAUGAAAGUAAAAAACCAA